ACGUGUCGCACUGUUUACUCCAAAUCAGAAACAUCUAGUUGGGCUAUACUUUAAGACCGAAGGUCAAAACAUAACAAUCCAUAAAAAUCCUAACCAAAAUUAGGAAGUGUACCAACUCACAAAGAUUUCUUACUCUUUUUCUACUACUACUAGGGCCUAGUCUGGGUCCUAGUUAGGCCUAGGCUAGAAGGCUUGGAUUGGAAAAAGGUCGUCGGUUGUUGGAGAGACUCGCCGGAAGGGAAGAGUGCUCAAUCGUGUGGCGCCGUGGUCUGCUGCUGUUCUGGCAGUAAAAGGUCGACGCUAUAGGCUUGGCCUGGCUAGGCCUAAGUAAUCUGUGGGACGUCAGGACUCAAUAUUUAGAUUUUCGCUCAACUUUGUAAUAUAAUACACCUGCAAGAAUUAUAAACAACCAUGGCGAGAAAAAAACAGGGACGGAGUAAGAAAAAAUCGAAGAUAAUGAAAGUAACAAAUCAAGAGAGCUCUGUAAAAGGGCCACACACAUUUGUCUUCCAACGUGGUACAGUUGGUAAAAACGUUCAACAGCUUGUGUUGGACACACGGCGAAUUAUGGAGCCUUUUACUUCUACUGGACUGAGAGCACGGAAGAAAAAUGUGUUGAAGGAUUUCAUCAGUGUUGCUGGUCCACUCGGCGUCUCUCACUUGCUCACUUUCUCAAAAACGCAAACCUCUGUGAACAUGAGAAUCAUACGCCUUCCUAAAGGACCCACCAUAACAUUUAAAGUUAAACAGUAUUGUCUUAUCCGUGAUGUAGUUUCGCAGUUAAAACGCCCCAACAUGUACGCAUCCCAGUUUCGUCACCCGCCGCUAUUGGUUCUCAACAACUUCAACAGUGAUUCAAUGCACAUGAAACUCAUGGCAACUAUGUUUCAGAACAUGUUCCCAUCAAUCAACGUACACACAGUUAAAUUGAACACAAUUCGUAGGUGCGUGCUUCUGAACUAUGACCCAAACACAAACUUGAUUGAGCUGCGGCACUACUCUAUUAAAGUGGUCCCAGCUGGUAUGAGUCGCAGUGUCAAGAAACUGUUACAAACCAAAGUACCAAACUUAAGUAGAUAUACUGAUGUCAGUGAGUACUUUACCAAUGCUGGUAAUUUAUCUGAAAGCGAGGCUGAGCAAGAUGGCCCCCACAACGAAGUAAAUCUUCCACAAUCAAUUGGUAGCCGAGGCAACAUGACAGCCGAGAAGAGUGCCAUUAGGUUGGUUGAGAUUGGACCUCGUAUUCAAUUGCAACUUGUUAAGAUUGAAGAAGGUGUUUGCAAUGGAGACAUCAUCUACCAUCAAUUUGUAAAGAAAACGGAGGAGGAAAUUGCUGCUGCAAAAACGGCAAGAGAAAAGAAAAAGUUAUUGAAGGAUAAAAGGAAGAACAAACAAAAGAUGAAUGUAUUACAAAAGAAGGAAUUGAGAGAAAAACACAAGGAGAAAUCAAUUCUAGGAAUGCAGAAGAAAAAGGAGCAAGAAGAGAAACAGGAUUCAGAUGCUGACAGUAUUGAAGCAGUCUCUAUGACCAAAGUAGAUGACGCAGGUGGUGACGAGGAGGAUGAUGAAGAUGAUGCCGAGUACUACAGACGUGAGGUCGGACAAGAACCCGAGCAGGGGUUGUUCCAGAAACGAACUCAGAUGGGGCUAAAGCGUAAGAAACAGGAUGAAAGUGCACCGAAGAGCAGUAUCAAGAGAUUUAAAAGCCAGAGAAAGAAAACAGCUCCUGCAAAUAAACGAGACAAACGCUCAAUUGGUAUGCCAAGUUCUAACACACAGCGGACUGGCUUUAAAGUUAAGAGAAGCAACUCUUCCAAAAAGUCAUUCAAAUUCAGGAAAACAAAGGGUGGUAGAUAAUUAAAGCCUAUUUAGAAAUGUGUGCCUCUAUUGUGAUUUUUUUUUAUCAGAGUAGUUUAAAGAUUGCUGGUUAUAAGAUAAAAAUAAAUCCUCAUUUAUAUGAACAU